GUUGAAUCAGCAAGAGAGUCCACGUGAUAUCGUGCAUCCGCCGCACAUAGAGAAAGAGAGAGAGAGAGAGAGAUAGGUUAUGUUUUCAAAAGGACAAGGAAGCACAGACUUCAGUUAUGUGCGUGUAAAUUACAUACGGAUAGAGAUAGCUUCUGCGUAAGCUUCACAAAAUAUCAUCAUCAUUAUUAUUAUUAUUAUUAUUUGUGAAUGCUGCUGAGGUGAAGAGAGAGAUAUUGUUGCUUCAAUUUGCUUGUGUUUAAUUGUUAUACUAUCAUUAGUAAUUUUAACUUCAUCGAUUUCGAUCAAAAGAAGGAUUUAAUUUCAUGGAUUCCAAUUCCACCGUCGAGGAAUCCGCCAACAAGAUUGAGGAUGAGGUCGCUAGAGUGGUUGAGCAGGCCAAAGACCUGCAGGAUUCUGCGGCUUCUUUAAUCUCAAGGUCUUCCAACGAUGAACAGUCCCUCCGCCAGCGUGUUCUUUCCCUCGACUCUUCCAUACGUCGCUGCCGCUCCCUCCUCGAUUCUCUCCUCUCCCAUAAGCUUCUCGAUUCCAAGCUAGCUGAUAAGCUCGAAGAGGAUUUACAUAGAGCUAGAUGUAUCAUGGUUGAUGGAGACGCCGCUGCUUUUCUUCCAACCAAAGCUCAGGGGGGUUUUCUCAAGAUGUUUCUGGGACCUAUAAAUGUCCGAGCCUCUCGUAAAGAUGUUCAAUUGAAGGUCAAGGAGGAGUACAACAGUUACAGGGAUAGAACGGCCCUUCUAUUUCUACUUUUCCCAUCAGUUCUACUAAUCCUAAGAUCUUGGGUCUGGAAUGGAUGCUUGCCGGCAUUUCCUGUUCAACUCUACCAGGCAUGGCUAUUGUUCCUCUAUACCGGCUUGGCUUUGCGAGAAAACAUUUUAAGAGCCAAUGGAAGUGAUAUUCGUCCAUGGUGGAUAUACCAUCAUUACUGUGCUAUGAUUAUGGCCCUUGUUAGUCUCACAUGGGAGAUUAAGGGACAACCAAAUUGUGCCCAGAAGCAGAGAGGGGUGCAACUUUUCUUGCAAUGGGCAAUAAUGCAAGGUGUUUCAAUGCUUCUACAGAACAGAUAUCAACGCCAAAGACUUUAUACUCGUAUUGCCUUGGGGAAGGCCAAGAGAAUGGAUGUUGUUUGGGGUGAAACAGCUGGAGUGGAAGGCCAAUUAUGGCUUUUGUGCCCUAUUCUCUUCAUUUUACAGGGUUUUGAGGCAUAUGUUGGACUCCUGUUGCUCAGGACUGCAUUCGUAAGGGUUGUAUCUGAGUGGCAGGUAAUAUUCUGUGGGAUCCUUCUGGUUUUUAUGGCAGCUGGAAAUUUCCUCAACACUGUUCAGACACUUGUGGCAAAAUCGAGGUUUAAGGCAAAAAUGAAAAGAAGUAAGAGCAAGCAAGAAUUGGAUUGACGCAAUUUCAAUCUGUUAGGAUUACUCUUCCUGUUGCUAUAGGGGCAUAAUUUUGGAAUUUGUACCUGGUACCGGACGUGUUUUGCUGAAGUUGAAGCAACAGAAAAAUUGUAUCAUCUGAUAACUCUUCCUAUCUUCAUUAUUCUGACUCUGACCAUGCUCUUGGUAAAGAAAAGAGUUGGAUGCAAAUGGUAGAAGGAAUGCUUGUUAUUUGUCCUUUGUUUUUUUGCUCUAAUAUGAUUGAAGCAUAGAUUGAGGGAGUAA